UUUAUUUUGUCUUGAACCCUUUUGGUUCUUGGCUUCACAUCUCUCUCUUCCCUUCAAAUCCCUAGAGAGAGAGAAAGUUGUAGAGAGAGAGACUAGUAAAAGGACCGCUCUCUGUCUUCGUCUUCUCAAACCCUCCGAUCUGUUCUUUUCUCUCUCAUUCAAUCAAGUGGGGCAGUUUGAAGACAAACAUGUCGUCUCUCAGCAGAGAGCUCGUGUUUCUUAUACUUCAGUUUCUCGAUGAAGAGAAAUUUAAAGAGACUGUUCACAGGUUGGAGCAAGAGUCUGGGUUUUUCUUCAACAUGAGGUAUUUUGAGGAAAUGGUGACAAAUGGGGACUGGGAUGAGGUGGAAAAGUAUUUAUCUGGAUUCACUAAGGUUGAAGAUAACAGAUACUCCAUGAAAAUUUUCUUUGAGAUUCGAAAGCAGAAGUACCUGGAAGCCUUAGACAAGAAGGAUCGUGCUAAAGCUGUCGAAGUUCUAGUGAAGGACUUGAAAGUGUUUUCGGCUUUUAAUGAAGACCUUUUUAAAGAGAUAACACAGCUUUUGACCUUGGAGAACUUUAGAGAUAAUGAGCAACUAUCUAAAUACGGAGACACCAAGUCUGCUAGGGGUAUAAUGCUUGCUGAACUUAAAAAGUUGAUUGAAGCAAAUCCCCUGUUUCGUGAUAAGCUAAAUUUUCCUACCUUGAAGAACUCUAGACUGCGGACACUAAUUAAUCAGAGUUUGAAUUGGCAGCAUCAGCUUUGCAAGAAUCCGAAGCCUAACCCUGACAUAAAAACCCUAUUUGUAGACCAUACUUGUGGGCAGUCACAGCCAAAUGGCGCUCGAGCCCCAUCCCCUGUAACUAAUCCUCUAAUGGGCCCUGUUCCUAAAGCAGGGGGUUUUCCGCCUCUGGGUGCUCAUGGUCCUUUCCAACAACAAACAGCAGCUCCUCUGCCAACAUCGCUUGCAGGAUGGAUGGCUAAUCCAUCUCCAGUUCCUCACCCCUCAGCUUCUGCUGGGCCAAUUGGUUUUGCUGCACCUAACAAUGCAGCAGCUAUUUUAAAGCGCCCUAGGACUCCUCCUACAAACAACCCGGCUGCGGAUUAUCAAACAGCUGAUUCUGAACAUGUGUUGAAGAGAUCGAGACCUUUUGGAAUAUCAGACGAAGUCAAUAAUUUGCCUGUUAAUAUUCUGCCCGUUGGAUACACCAGCCAAAGUCAUGGUCAAACUUCAUAUUCUUGUGAUGAUUUGCCCAAGGCUGUUGUUAUGACUCUAAAUCAGGGUUCAACGGUCAAGAGUAUGGAUUUUCAUCCAGUCCAACAAAUUCUACUUCUUGUCGGAACAAACACGGGAGAGAUCAUGGUUUGGGAGCUAGGUAGUCGGGAGAGGCUUGUGAUUAGAAAUUUCAAGGUCUGGGACCUUGGAGUAUGUUCAAUGACUCUGCAGGCAUCUUUGACCAACGAUUAUACUGCAUCAACUAACCGUGUAAUUUGGAGUCCUGAUGGCACCCUACUUGGUGUUGCAUACUCCAAGCACAUUGUGCACAUAUACUCCUAUUUUGGUGGUGAUGAUCUACGUAACCACCUAGAGAUUGAGGCUCAUGCUGGCAGUGUUAAUGAUCUUGCUUUUUCUUAUCCAAACAAACAACUUUGCGUUGUCACCUGUGGGGAGGACAGGCUCAUUAAGGUAUGGGAUGCAGUUACAGGCUCUAAGCAGUAUAUUUUUGAAGGUCAUGAAGCACCUGUAUAUUCUGUAUGUCCCCAUCACAAGGAAAGCAUUCAGUUUAUUUUCUCAACGGCAACGGACGGUAAAAUAAAGGCAUGGUUGUAUGAUAGCAUGGGUUCAAGGGUUGACUAUGAUGCCCCGGGCCAUUCAUCCACCAGAAUGGCAUACAGUGCCGAUGGGACAAGGUUGUUCUCAUGUGGGACCAAUAAAGAAGGAGAUUCAUUCAUUGUGGAAUGGAAUGAAAGCGAGGGAGCUGUCAAGCGUACAUAUCAUGGUCUUGGGAAGCGAUCUGCUGGAGUUGUGCAAUUUGAUACCACGAAGAAUCGAUUCUUGGCUGCUGGUGAUGAGUUCAAGGUCAAAUUUUGGGACAUGGACAGUGUUAACUUAUUGACAACCACUGAUGCAGAGGGUGGACUAACGGAUUCUCCCUGUAUCCGAUUUAACAAGGAAGGUAUAUUGUUGGCUGUUUCUACAAAUGAGAGUGCUGUUAAAAUUCUAGCAAAUGCAGAUGGCAUUAGGCUACUACGAACUGUGGAAAAUCGCUCAUUUGAUCCUUCUAGACUUGCCUCUGCAGCUGUGGUGAAGGCUCCCACAAUAAGCGCGUUUGGUGCUCCUAAUGCAACUGUUGGAUCAAGCAUCGUUGAUCGAGCUGCUCCAAUGUCAUCCAUGGUUGCAAUGAAUGGGGAUAACCGAAGUUUGGCAGAUGUAAAACCCAGAAUUGCUGAUGAAGCAGUAGAUAAAUCUAGGAUCUGGAAACUGACAGAAAUCAACGAACCAUCACAAUGCCGCUCCCUAAGGCUCCCAGACAAUUUAACGGCAAUGAGGGUUUCUAGGUUGAUGUAUACAAAUUCUGGAUUUGCCAUACUGGCACUAGCAGCCAAUGCUGUUCACAAGCUCUGGAAAUGGCAAAGGAAUGAUCGAAGCUCAACUGGGAAGGCAACUGCUAGUGUUGUACCACAACUGUGGCAGCCCUCAAGUGGACUAUUGAUGACCAAUGACAUUAGUGAUACAAUCCCUGAGGAUCCUAUUGCAUGCUUUGCACUUUCAAAGAACGAUUCUUAUGUUAUGUCUGCUUCAGGGGGGAAAAUUUCCUUAUUUAAUAUGAUGACAUUCAAGACGAUGACAACAUUCAUGCCCCCUCCGCCUGCAGCAACAUUUCUGGCAUUCCAUCCUCAAGACAAUAAUAUCAUUGCCAUAGGCAUGGAAGAUUCUUCUAUCCAAAUAUAUAAUGUCCGGGUUGAUGAGGUUAAAACCAAGCUUAGAGGCCAUCAGAAAAGAAUAACAGGCCUCGCAUUCUCUAAUGUUGCAAAUGUGCUUGUAUCUUCGGGUGCUGAUUCUCAGCUGUGUGUUUGGAGCACAGAUGGAUGGGAGAAGCAAACAAGUAAACACUUGCAGAUACCAGCUGGGCGAGCUUCGGUUCCUCUUGCAGAUACUCGUGUACAAUUUCACCAAGAUCAGACACAUUUACUAGUUGUCCAUGAAACUCAGAUAGCCAUAUAUGAAGCACCUAAACUGGAAUGCCUUAAGCAGUGGGUUCCACGAGAAGCUAGUGGUCCAAUCACACAUGCUACAUACUCCUGUGAUAGCCAGUCGAUAUACGUCAGUUUUGAAGAUGGAAGUGUCGGUAUUCUCACUGCUUCAACGCUACGAUUGAGAUGCCGAAUUAAUCCUACUUCUUAUCUACCUACUAAUCCGGGCUUGAGAGUUUACCCCCUUGUCAUCGCGGCACAUCCAUCAGAACCCCAUCAGUUUGCAUUGGGACUUACCGACGGUGGAGUUCAUAUAGUUGAGCCACUAGAAUCAGAAGGGAAAUGGGGCACCUCCCCUCCAGUUGAAAAUGGUGCUGGGCCUAGCACCAUUUCUGGUCCAGCCAGUUCUGAUCAACCCCAAAGAUGAUAUGAUGGUCUCUUGUGCAUGCGCCCUGUUUACUUGCAAUCCGAGUGCAUGUCUCUUUCCUGUGGUUUUGCAUCCUGGCCCCACCCUGAGUUAUUUUUGAAGGGGAAUCUGUAAGAUUUAGGUGGUAUGGUAGGACAAUUGAACCCAGCAAAGUAGAGUUAGUUCGAGGGGGAAUCGUUAGCAGCAUCAAAUCAGUUCAAAUCAAAAAUAUGGUGCUAAUACUCUCAUUUAGAAUGUCCACGACAAGUUUGGAUCCAUGAUGUAAAUUUACUAGAGGCAUUGGUGAAGGGAAUGCAAAGUUCUGUUUUGACUUUGAAGGAACUUGGAGGGAAAUGAUUAAUUAGCUUGGGCUAAAGGCCCUGGUCUGUGUGUCUGCCUGUGUGUGUGUUAAAAAGGAUAUUUUUUAAUUAUUUUGUUCUUUAUUAGUUAUAAAUCAUUAAUCUUAGCUGAUGAUAUCUUCUCUUGUAAUAGAUUGAUUGUUUGUGUUAGUUCGAUCUAAUUAUAGUUGCUUGUUAGAAGAA